GGCGGAAGUAACUAACUCAGGGCAGCGGCUAGGGCGGCUAGAGAGCUAACCGGGAGUCCGCCGCUGCCACCUCAACAUGGAGUAGGAAGAGCUCAGCGUCCACUGCCGAUAAGCGGACCCGACAGAGAGGAAUACACUACACCCAUAACUCAUUAUACCCGCAAAUGAGACAUUCGUGGAGACGUUAGUAGCUGUUAAGGGAAACACGGGGUUUAUAUGAAAGAUGGCGAACGACUCCCCAGCUAAAAGUCUUGUAGACAUCGACUUGGCUUCACUGCGGGACCCAGCCGGGAUAUUUGAAUUGGUGGAGGUGGUUGGAAAUGGCACCUACGGACAAGUAUACAAGUAGUAACGCGAGGAGUUCGGCUGCACUGCGCAGCUCACGGCUCCCUGAACCUUUCUGAUCAGUGUGUUGAUCGCUGAGUUUUCACGUGACAAAUGAUAGUCUGCUGUUGCAAGUGGCAGAAGAGCAGCCCAGCUACGCAAAACAGGGACGACAUGUCAAGACUGGACAGCUGGCUGCCAUCAAGGUCAUGGAUGUCACAGAGGAUGAAGAGGAGGAAAUUAAACUGGAGAUUAAUAUGCUUAAGAAGUAUUCUCACCACAGAAACAUUGCCACCUACUAUGGCGCAUUUAUUAAAAAGAGUCCACCUGGACAUGAUGAUCAGCUUUGGUUGGUGAUGGAGUUCUGUGGAGCUGGUUCCAUCACAGACCUAGUGAAGAACACCAAGGGGAACCAGCUCAAGGAAGAUUGGAUUGCCUACAUCUCCAGAGAAAUCCUCAGAGGUCUGGCUCACUUACAUGCCCACCACGUCAUCCACCGUGACAUCAAGGGCCAGAAUGUCCUGUUGACAGAGAAUGCUGAAGUCAAAUUAGUGGACUUUGGUGUAAGUGCUCAACUCGAUCGAACCGUGGGCAGGAGAAACACCUUCAUUGGUACUCCCUACUGGAUGGCCCCUGAAGUCAUCGCCUGUGAUGAGAAUCCAGAUGCGACAUACGACUACCGAAGUGACCUGUGGUCUUGCGGCAUUACUGCAAUUGAGAUGGCCGAAGGAGCGCCACCGCUUUGUGACAUGCAUCCUAUGCGAGCACUCUUCCUGAUUCCAAGGAACCCGCCUCCAAGACUUAAAUCCAAAAAAUGGUCCAAAAAGUUUUUCAGCUUCAUUGAAAGCUGUCUGGUGAAGAACUACACACAGCGACCCCCAACCGAACAGUUGCUCAAACAUCCCUUCAUUCGUGACCAACCCAAUGAGAGGCAGGUCCGAAUUCAGUUGAAAGAUCACAUCGAUCGCACGAAGAAGAAAAGGGGCGAGAAAGAUGAAACUGAGUAUGAGUACAGUGGAAGUGAAGAGGAAGAAGAGGAUCCGGCGGAGCAGGAGGGAGAACCAAGCUCCAUUGUUAAUGUGCCGGGUGAGUCAACGCUGCGCCGAGACUUCAUCCGCCUCCAGCAGGAGAACAAGGAGAGGUCGGAGGCACUGCGCCGUCAGCAACUGCUGCAGGAGCAGCAGCUUCGUGAACAGGAGGAAUACAAGCGCCAACUACUGGCCGAGAGGCAGAAGCGUAUUGAGCAGCAGAAGGAACAGAGGCGGCGCCUGGAGGAGCAACAAAGACGUGAACGCGAAAUGAGACGGCAACAGGAGCGUGAUCAGCGUCGGCGGGAGCAAGAGGAGAAGAGACGCAUUGAGGAAAUGGAUCGCAGGCGAAAAGAGGAGGAGGAACGCAGACGGGCUGAGGAUGAGAAAAGAAGGAAUGAUCGUGAGCAGGAGUACAUCCGGCGGCAGCUCGAGGAGGAGCAGAGACAUUUGGAGAUGCUACAGGAACAGCUACUGCGUGAACAGGCUAUGUUACUGGAGUUCAAGUGGCGCGAGUUGGAGGAGCAGCGCAAGGCUGAGCGGCUUCACAAGCGGCUGCAGCAGGAGCAGCUACGGUCACUCCAGCAUGCAUCCCGGCAGCAGCUUGAUAAUAAGGCCAAACUCCCCUCAGACCUUAGCAAACCUCCACCGAUGACAUCGCCCCCCGACAGAACCCUUACCCUGCCCCCACAAGCGGUGGUACUCAACAGUGCUGUUGCAACACUGAGCGGAACCUCUGAGAACUCUGGAGCAUCGCCGGCAUUUCACCCUGACAGUGUUGAAGCUCAGGCAGCACGGUUAGAGAAAAGUGAUCGUGAUGAGAACAUCAGCCAAGGUUUGGCCUCCUGUAGUCCCCUCUCCCCUCAGGCUGAACCUUCCAUUCACUCCGCACCUCCCCAAGGAGAAUAUGCUGAGCCUGAUAGACCGCUCAAUCCUCCUCCUCAGCCUGUCAGAGAGGCUGAUGAACGAUACCGUAAAAAUAUUCAGGGCUCUCCUCAGGCCGCCCCUCCUUCCAAGCAGCCUCCUCUUCCCCCUCGCUCUGCUGAAACCUUCUCAAACGGUAGCAGCUCGUCCGACGCCACUGCCAUGCACCGGCCCAUGGAGCCUCAGGUCCAGUGGUCCCACCUUGCUGCUCUAAAGAGCAGUAACAGCGCUGCCCCCUCUCCUCCUCCUCCUCCGACCGUGGUCGCUCGCUCCCAGUCCUUCAGUGAGCCCGGUGCUGUCACUACUAGCUUUGCACAACUCCACCUGCGCUCCCAGGAUCCCCACCAUCAUCACCCAUUGCCUGCACGCACUGACACCCAGCCCCAACCUCCCCUUCACCAUCCUCAGGUCCAGCCCGGUGACGAAGUGCCACCCAAGGUACCUGUGCGAACAACGUCCCGUUCACCGGUCCUCUCACGCCGGGAGUCUCCGCUACCAUUGCAGCCUGGCGGCCAAAGGAACGCGUCUGGUAAUGUGGAGCAGCGCCCGCUGUGGGACCGUGUCGAGAAGCUGCAGCCUCGGCCUGGCAGCGGGAGUUCGUCUGGCUCCUCCAACUCCAGCUCCCAGGCCAGUCCUGGAGAUCGUUUCAGGCCACGCUCAUCCUCCAAAUCCGAAGGAUCGCCUCUCCAGCGCCCUGAGAAUAUUCCCAAAAAAACUGAUGAAAAGAAUUUUGCCAGGCCUACUCGACCUGCUGACUUGACAGCCCUUGCUAAGGAACUUCGUGCAGUGGACGAUGUACGGCCUCCCCACAAGGUGACCGACUACUCGUCCUCAAGUGAAGAGUCCGGCACCACUGAUGAGGACGACGACGAGGAAGUAGACCAGGAGGCGGGCGAAGAGUCUACCUCGGGGGCAGAGGACUCCCGUUCUGGAUCUUCUCACGGCUUCCACAGGAGGCUGAGCAAUGGUGAGACCGGGUCUGCCAAAACUAUGCUGGUUGAAGACUCUGACAGCAAUCAGGCCACCACACCCUCGAAGGAUGGCACAUUGGUCAUCAGGCAGAGCACCGCUGACAUUAAGCGGUUGGUCAGUCUCUCCUCCUCUUCCCCCACCGGUUCCUCUCACGGCCAGCCCCAACCAUCCAGCCACAGCCUACAAGAGAAAAAUGGCUUCACUGGUUUCAUUCACCACUUACCAGACCUUAUCCAACAGAGCCAUCAUUCCCCUUCCUCUUCCACAUCAAUGCUUUCCUCCUCAUCAUCAUCAUCACCACUUAGUCUGGCCAUGUCCCCACUGAAUCCCCUGGACAAGCUUGUUGCCAUCGAGAGCCAGUCCGAGAGUAAUUCCAUGUCCAAACAUAAGUCAUCAUCCUCCUUCACUCCCUUCAUCGACCCUCGCUUGCUCCAGAUUUCCCCAUCAAGCGGAAGCUCGCUCAACAACAUGGCUGGAUUUGGGCAAGACGUACGUCUAGCGGACCCACUGAGGUCCGACCCGUCUCGCAAAGGCUCGGUGGUCAAUGUCAACCCUGUCAACACACGCCCGCCAAGUGACACACCAGAGAUCCGCAAAUAUAAAAAACGCUUCAACUCUGAGAUUCUUUGCGCAGCCCUUUGGGGGGUCAAUCUGCUGGUGGGGACCGAGAGCGGUCUGAUGCUGUUGGACCGCAGCGGUCAGGGGAAGGUCUACCCGCUGAUCAACCGGCGACGUAUCCAACAGAUGGAUGUCCUUGAGGGUCUCAACGUUCUGGUUACCAUUUCAGGCAAAAAGAACAAGCUCCGAGUGUAUUACCUGUCCUGGCUGCGGAACAAGAUUCUGCAUAAUGACCCAGAGGUGGAGAAGAAGCAGGGUUGGGUUAAUGUGGGUGACCUAGAAGGUUGUGUCCACUACAAAGUCGUGAAAUACGAGAGGAUUAAAUUCUUGGUGCUGGCCUUAAAGAACUCGGUGGAGGUUUACGCUUGGGCGCCGAAACCGUACCACAAGUUCAUGGCCUUCAAGUCAUUUGGUGACUUGGUGCACAAGCCUCUGCUGGUGGACCUGACCGUAGAGGAAGGUCAGAGGUUAAAGGUCAUCUAUGGCUCCUGCUCAGGCUUCCAUGCUGUGGAUGUGGACUCGGGCGCAGUCUACGACAUCUACCUACCCACCCACAUCCAGACCAGCAUUCAGUGCCAUGCCAUUAUCAUCCUGCCCAACACCGAUGGAAUAGAGCUGCUCGUCUGCUACGAGGACGAGGGCGUCUACGUUAACACGUAUGGGCGCAUCACCAAGGACGUGGUGCUGCAGUGGGGGGAAAUGCCGACUUCAGUGGCCUACAUUAGGUCGAACCAGAUCAUGGGCUGGGGUGAGAAGGCCAUCGAGAUCCGCUCAGUGGAAACCGGCCACCUGGAUGGCGUCUUUAUGCACAAGCGAGCCCAGAGACUCAAGUUCCUGUGUGAGAGGAAUGACAAGGUCUUCUUUGCGUCCGUGCGGGCCGGAGGUGCCAGCCAGGUGUACUUCAUGACCUUGGGACGCACUUCCCUCAUGAGCUGGUAGUCCACAUGCCAGGACAGCGACGCGGCGACCAACAAAUGACUACUGUGACGAUGAAGAUGCUUGUGCUCUCAUACACAUCUUGUCAUGAAUAGCCAGCGGUGAGCGGGGUGUUGCGUUUCUCUCUUUUUUUGGGGGGGGGGGCGCAGGUGUGGGUGGCGGUGUACGUGCUAAUUAAAUGAUAUUCCGACCAAAUUUCCCUUGAGUCUCCUACCCUCAACUUUAGUGGAAUGUCUCCAUCUUUCUGUACCUUGCAUCCUGUGUGCGUGCGCAAGGUCAGUGCAGGACAACACUGAGCAUGUCCACGACUGAGGAGUAACUGUACGCACACGUGCACACACACUCCACUGGUUUGUUGCCGUUUUAGUUAAUGUGACGCAAGCUCCUCCUCCUCCUCCCACUCAGUGGCUCACCAAACACUCGUAUGCCUUCUUGAAUAUACUUUGAAGGACCUUGGUGAUAGCGACAGGGUACAGGAUUAUCAGCUCCGAGAGUUUCGAAGCAUGCCGCCAAGCAAAUUGCAUUGGUCCAAAGUUGCUCAGUCAGCCCAAUAGUUCAGACUUCUCACACACUGUCUAGUUUUAUUUGAUUUCCACGUGUGAAUAGAGUGAGAUAAGCUCCAUCAUCAUCGCAAGGAAGGAGACCCACGUUUCUAUGAACCAGUUGGUGGGUUGUUCGGGACGAGGCGUAAACUGUGAAUUAGAUUGACAGAGUCAGCCAUUGAUUUACAAGUGACCGCAAUAGAACAAAGCUUGUGUGCGUGAGAUCUGACAGGAUGUGAGUGCCACUGUAGCUCAUAUGAUUUCCGGUUGCCUUAAGUAACGUCCCUACUCAAACAUAACUGCUGAAAAUCCUAUGCCGUUUCUAUGAAGCAAAAUAAAAA